GCGGAAGCCGAAUUCUUCACAUCUCAAAUUCACGCCAUUUCAACGAUCUCUCUUCUCCCUAUCCAAUCCUUCACCGCUUUUCUAAAUAUCUUAUAAUGGAGAGUCAGCCGACGAAAACUAAGAAAGGCGCCGCCGGAAGGAAAGCAGGUGGCCCAAAGAAGAAGUCAGUCACUCGUUCCGUCCGCGCCGGACUUCAAUUCCCGGUGGGAAGAAUCGGCCGCUACCUGAAGAAGGGCCGGUACGCCCAACGUGUCGGAACCGGUGCUCCGGUCUACCUCGCCGCCGUUCUCGAAUACUUGGCCGCCGAAGUUUUGGAGCUCGCCGGAAAUGCGGCCCGGGAUAACAAGAAGAACAGAAUCAUCCCAAGGCAUGUUCUGUUGGCCGUGAGGAACGACGAAGAGCUCGGGAAGUUGCUGAGCGGAGUAACCAUCGCUCACGGCGGCGUGUUGCCGAACAUCAACCCUGUCUUGCUACCGAAGAAGAAAGAGUCCGAUGCCGGCGGUAAGGAACCUAAGAAGGCCGGCAAGUCUCCGAAGAAGGUUGCGGCUUAAACAGCAACAUAUAUAGUUGUGGAUUUGUUUGUAAUUCCGGGCAAAAUGAUAAAGGCUCAUAUUUUCUGCUCUGUAAACGUUGGAUUAGCUAUUAAUGAAACUUCAUUUCUCUACUUACGGCGUUUUAUUGUUUCGUUGAUAGAAGAUUGGGAAGAGAUUUGUUGAAGAAAUAACUUCGAACAGUUACUGAGCAAUCAUAUAAACAAAAAAGUUCCUCAAAAUGAAAC